GAAAACACAAUUAAAAAUGAACCUGAAGAUUCCCUGGCAGACGAUUAUGAAAAUGCUUCACUUAGUAUAUCUGAAGACUUUGAGGAUGCAAAAGAUGAUGAAAGUGAUUCCUUCACGCUCAAGAUAGCAGAGGAAGCAAGUCCAUGUGAUGAGAGUUCAAAUCCUGAAAAAUACAAAGACAGUAAUCAAGAAGUUGAACAGAGUGUAGCCGACCCCGUGCCUAGUGAACCCUUAUCAGCCACUGAAUCCCACAUCGCAAGACCUACAGGGAUGCCAGCUUCACAACUGAGGAGGGAGUUACUUCGGCCAAUUCAUCACAAGACUGGCCCGAAGCACAUUCCUCAAUCAGUGCCACAGUCUAUUCCACACCCUGUCAUUGCUCCUAGAGACCCAGAGAGACAUUUAAGAGAACCUCCUCCCUUAAUGAAAAUAGACCCAAAGAUACCUCUGUUGAUUAAUGAAGUUGAGUGUGAGAGACCACCAAAAUACAGCAGAAAGGAUUCCCAAGAGAAUGGUCAUAGCAGCCAUUUGUUGGUGAAGGCCCCGCCUACGUACCACUCUCACACUUCACCGAUUCACUUCAGUUUACAUGUACAUAAUCAGCACUUAGGUUCUGUUAUGGUGAAUGGUGGAGCUCCUAUUUCGGAGAUUCCAUCAAAUUCACAAAAUGAUAGACUUACUGUGUCUGUAAACGAUGGACCUCUUAACCUCAGUGGUCAGAAAAGCUCCCCAGAAAUGGUUGAUGAAAAAGAUAAUCAAACUGACCCUUUCUUGGGCAAGAUAAUAACAAACAGGAAAAAGCGACUGCGAGGGCCUAAAUCAUGGGAGUUCCUCGUACGCCUGCUUAAAGAUCCAACAACUAAUCCAUUCCUAAUUCGUUGGGAGAAUGAGGAAUCUGGUGUCUUCCGUUUAGUCCAGCCCGCAGCCAUAGCACAGCGAUGGGGACGCAGGACAGGCAAACAUGCGAGCGAGUGUCUUAGCUAUGAAAACUUUGCCAGGGGACUUCGGUACCAUUAUGCAACAGGUGCUCUCCAACCAGUGUCAGAACGAAGCUUUGUUUACAGGUUUGGCCCAAAAGCUCUGAAAACCCUUAAACAGUGUGAUUCUGCUUCUUUCCCCUAUUUAUAGGGAACAACUGCAGGAUAAUAAUAAGGGAAAACUUUGUUACACCCUUUUUCAUAAACUGAUCUCCAGUGUUUUUUACUGAUUUGAUAUUGAUGUGAGAAAUAUACUUCUGAUGUUUGUGUAGGUAUGAGCACUUGAAAAUUUAUUUUUUCAAUCAAGUUAUCUCAUAUUUAAAUUCUAAGAAAUAUUAAAGGCAUUACCUUUAGACUAGACAAUACAAAACCUCCUCAUAAUCACUGUGCUUGGAAACAUAACUGAACUUUUAAAGUAGCUGAUUUUUUUUGGAUUAUCAGAUUCAGUUUAAUACAGAUUUACAGUACAUUUGCUGAGGCAAAUUCGUGUCUGAUUUUCACUUUCAGAUAUUAACAUUAAAAUGACUACUUUCUAAGAGUAUGAAAAAUAUAAUGCAAGACGCAAACAGUAUAGAUAUAUACAUAUAUAAAUAUUUAUAUAUAUACUAUAUAUAUAUAUAUAUAUAUAUAUAUAUAUAUAUAUAUAUAUAUGUGUGUGUGUGUGUGUGUGUGUGUGUGUGUGUGUGUGUGUGUGUGUGUGUGUGUAUGUGUGUGUGUGUGUGAGUGUGUGUGUGUGUGUGUGUGUGUGUGUGUGUGUGUGUGUGUGUGUAUUUGUGUGUAUGUAUAUAUAUACAUAUAUAUAUAUAAAUGUGUGUAUCUAUCUAUCUAUCUUUCUAUCUAUCUAUAUAUAUAUAUGUGUGUGUGUGUGUAUGUGUGUGUGCGCGCGCGUGCGUGUGUGUGUGCAACAUCAUGCCCAUUUUGUUUCAUUGUCCAUUUCAACACCUGAAACAGACAGCAUUCAUUCCAUUUGUAUCAUUCAUAUUGUAAUGCCACGAGGAUAUAAUGUGCAUCUGUGUGUGUGUGACACUUCUAGUACUUAAGUGCAAUGUCAGUUCUUUUCGGUUACUUUACAUAAUUCAGUGUCUUCAAAUGGUUUAUACAGUCAAGUCAUAUUUAUUAUUUUUCAUUUCAAUUUCAACUCAUAGAUAUCUAGACAGAACACUUUUAGUCUACUCAUAUAAACAAAUACAUAAUUGUUUUCAAGACCAUAAAUUCCUCUUUUCUGCUGGAUAAAACACCAUUCCAAAAGAAAUAAUAUUUGUGUGAAUUAUUUAUACUGCUGUGAAAAAAAAUGUGGUCUGUUCUCCCAUUGUUAUAUGAUUGCAUUCUGAAGCUUUUCAGUUCUUGCUGCAAAGGCCAUUGUGUAUAUUUUUAACGUCUGUCAAGGCAAAAAAAAUAUGAUAAACUGGAUGAAAAGUUAAGCAUAAUGCUAUGGAGGGUAGCUAAUGUUGUAGUCAUUUAUUGUGAUGGAAUGAUAUAUUGUUAUGAAACAUGACCUGUGAUAUAAAAGGAUAAGAGAGUAUUAGCAUUUAUGUGUAUAGUUCUAAAUAUUUCUUGCAUUGUAAGAUUGUUGUUAUUCUUGUUAUUACAUUAUUAAUCUGAUGUGCAAUUCCAAAUAAAAUUUAUUUAGUUCAUA